AUGGAGAAGCUUCAACUUCUGCUGUUUAUCCUCAGAACGCUCGGUGAAGAAGCUCCUCCGCCACCGCGGAGGCAAUCCGAACAGUGGUUGGAAGAGCACAGAAGAAGGUUAGAAGUUUUGCCGCCUGACUUGAGGGCCAUGCGUCAAUUCGUUGUCGUUCACAAACUAACGGCAUUGUUGGAGGCGUUAUCGGAAAUGCCCAUAGAGCAUAGGGGAAUCCGGUCCCUUUUUCAAUUGUGUGGACGACUUUUUGAAGUAGCCACAGGUGCGUUUAAUGGAGCUUCUGGAACGUACAUCGUGAACUACAGGGACUUCCGCAUCAUUCGGCAUACAAGCAACUCUUUCCGAUUCACAUGCUCCAAUGAAGUAUGUCGUCCCCACCAUACUUUGUAUGAGCACCACCUCAACAGGAGGGUGGCGCUCAGAUACCCGAGGGCGUUCUUGCUAGACUUUUCCCCGGAAGGGACAACCUCGGCAGUUAUGGCCAUUGAACAAGUAUGGCUAAUGUUCCCGCGUCUGCCGCAAGCCAUUCUACAGGUGCACCUUGAAAUGAGGGUAGAGAAUAACAACGAGCAGUGUGCUGAUAUGUGGAGGUUCCUCUUUAUCCCUUGGGUUGUCGCCGCUCCAUCUGGAAAUCCAUGUCAUCCACAUUUCAACGAGAUGUCGGUUUUACAUUUUACUACAACCAAUGAGGAGCAAUUUAUUGAACUGAGUGUUAGAGAAGAAUGCUAUAACGCUGAGGAGAUGAAGAAUUUGAAACUAAAUAGCUAUGGAAUCUUGGUGCUUAACACAAAACCAUCCUUGAUGGGAGACGAGCGUAACUUUCAAUCCACAACAUUCGUGGACUUCAACAACGAAAAGUGGCCCAAAUCAAGCAGGGUAUAUCAAGCAUUUUUUACGGUUGGGAGUGCAGAAGGAGAUAACGACGUCCCUCCCGGACACUUCCCCCGAGGAGUAAAAAAAAUCAACUUCAAUUUCUUCACUGGUAGGAGAAGAAUGGCAACGUGCAGUAGAUUCGUCAAUUGGCCGUAUUGCAAUCAAGUGGCCGAUGCUAGCCAGAAUCAAGAUCUUUUGAAAUUCUACGGUCGAAGCAGAUCGACGCCAGCUCCACGUAUACACAGCGAGCAUCAUUAUCUCGAAGGACAAACAGUUUUUGUGCUUUUGAAUUUCAAAAAGAAAGAUACAGCCGAAUUUGCUUCCAUGUUCAGUUACGUACUAACCACGCAAUCAGGCAACUUGUACUACAAGCCAGAUAACUUAGUCAUCACAGGAGACAAACAGAAAUGGAUAUCAUCCAGAGCGGUAGAUAUAGUUGUGCUUAGUCCAUCGGAUGAUGUUAGCAAGGUGACACCGAUGAACUAUCUUGACAACAUGUGGCCACAACAUUCUAAGGACAUGGUCUUUCAAAUUCUCAAUACCGAACAGUUUAGUGCAGAAAAGUCCCUUUCAAUGUGUGGCAACCGGUGGGCCCUCACGAGUAAAACUCCAGGUUAUGACAACAAUUGCAAUGACGAGGAUACUAUUUUUUUGGAUCAAUGGAUUCGCCGUGAAGAUGACCCGAUCAGACCAGAACCUCAAGGACUUCCGCGCCAAGAUGGAGCGGAAGUAGCUUCCACCACAAAUUCGUGGCAACUCAGCCCAUCUUACCUUCCCCCGCGAGCCCAAUCACCAGUCAAUGACGAUUUGGACCUUUUUAUUGACAUGCCUGGAACCAGUGACGUAGGAGUGGUCCCUUACCCGUCUGCUGCUGCAAGCGAAGUACGCUCCGAGAAGCUUGAGAGCAAAGUUGCUAAGCUUUUGGAAAUUGUGCAAAGUAUUGCACUUCGUCAAAAGGCAUUCGGAGAGCAGCAAAAAAUUCUGACGAUAGAAUCUCAACAAGCGACUAGCAUGCUAUCUAGUAUAAGGGAGGAAAUGAAGGAGAAAAGUGAGUUACAGACUCUUGAACUGCAGCUUCAAGACGAGAACUUGCGGCGCAAAUUCGGGCUGUAUAGAGAUCCAAUGGAAACGCAAAAGUUCGAAGAUGACUUGAAGCAGCUAACGAUCAAUGAAGAGAAACUGAACCCAGACCAGAUCAAAUGGUUAAAAGGGAAACAUUAUUUGCGAUAUUACCGAGAUGAAGAAUACCCCGGCGCUGACUUUUUCAGAUGUGCUCUCUGCAAUAGAAAAGCGACGGCGCCUUUUGACGCGAAAGAGGGUUUCCGCAAGUGCCAAACCGAUAGCGAUCUGUCGACUACUUCAAAUCUGCUUGGGGAAAACAGCGUGCUUUGUGUGAAAAGAAUGGCCCAACAGGCCCGAGACGAAGAAAGACCUCGCAGGCUGAUCAGUCGUCUUAUAGAGAGAAUAUCUAAACACGAGAAAUCGACGCAACAUAGCCAAUGCUUGGAAGAGUAUAAAAAAGAAGCCGAUGAUAUUUCUGGAAGAAUAACUCCAGAUGACAUCUCAGCUACAGUAACUUCCACAUUCGCUGCAUAUGUGAUAGCAAAAGAAGGCCUUCCCUUUUCGAAACAGUUCCCACUUUUAAUCAUGUCGAUGAGAUCUGGAUCUGUAGGCGUCACUCUUCAUCACGAUUCUACUACUGCACGUAGAAUGAUAUCUGCAUUCGCUGUACACAUGAAGUACGAUCUUGUAAAAUACGUCGUCAAGAACAACCUACCCUUCUCUUUGCUUCUAGACGGUUCUUCGUCAAGCAGAGGAGUGAAGUGGAUAGUGUUUCUUCUGAGAACACUUUCAACAGACUACCGUCCAAUGACCUUUCAUUUCUCUUACUGA